AUGGAUAUCGUUGAAAUAAAACUGAAAAUAAAGGAAUGGGAGUAUGCGUUCCGUAAACAACAUAAUAAACUUCCAUCGAAAGCGGAUAUAAAAGAUGAUGUGGAGAUUCAUAAAUUGUACUCGUUAUACAAGUCCAUAAAACUGGGACAGCAACAGAAACCAAGCAAACAAGAAACUGUUAACGAGCCGGCAUCAGUCCAGUCUUCACCAGUAAAGAGAAACGAUUAUUCUCCUAGAGGUGAACUAGGACCUACUCCACAAGCUAAUGGUCGAGUACUAUCUAUAUUUGAUUUGAAAAUGACUCCACCGGAUUCAUCUCCAUUAAAACACAAAUCGGACAAAGCAUCCCCGUCAGCAUUCGCAAUGCCUCCUCCGCAAUCUCCUGUGAAGAACAUAAUAGAGACGCCUACUAAAUCAAAGAAUAAACUGUUUGUGACUCCUAUCAAGGGUCGGAAAAUAGUAUUUGAAACACCGUCAUACCUUAACAAGCAUCGACAGAACCCACAGACUCCGGAUUCCCAUAAUAAUAAUAAUAAUAAUAAUAAUAAUACUGUAAUCAAUUUCCUGGUCUCUCCGUCACCAUUCAAAACACAGAGAAGCAUAGGGAAAAGGUUGACUGAAGUUUACAAUACAUCUUUAAAAGAAGCAGAGGAUCUAAAAAGCUUUAAUCUUGAAGAAGAAUUCCAGAGUCAUGAGGAACAAGAAUCUGAGGAAACGGAAACAACGACCAAUAAUGACAGAAAGAUUGCACCAAGAAGUAAAAGAACCCAGAAACGUCUGACGAGAAGAGUUAAAAUGGCACCACGACCUGUAAACUCGAAGCCAUCGUUGGAAAACGUAAAUCUUCAAGACCAUAUCACAAAACUAGAGGAAGGUGAAAGAAAACAACUUGUUGCAUAUAUGGAUUCAGAUGAAGAUGAUGAGAAUAGAGAUGGAGAGGUUGGCAUUGCUUCUGUAUUCGAAAGUCCGACAAAGAAAACCAGAAUGCCGGUGAGUAAUAAUUUCAAGAGGCUAAAGAUCAAUGACCCUAGAUCAAGGCGCUUCAAACAACGUAUGAGAAGGUAA